GUUCGAUUUCAGCGCUGAAACCGUUAGAGGCCGUUUGAAGGCGACUGACCUCCUCCUCUCUCCCUCUCUCUCUCUCACACACACACACACCGACUACCGGGCCCUGUUUUACCGCCCCGGAGCUGCUCAAACCUCCCCCUCCACCCACCUCAUGCCGAGCCUUUCAGUUUGGCUGCUUCGGAAUUCCGUCUACUGACUUCGCAGGUUUUUAAACGAAAUUCUAUACAUUGAAGAUGACUGAUCCAGAUGUCCUAACAGAAGUUCCUGCAUCUUUGAAACGUCUUGCCAAAUAUGUUGUGAGAGGAUUUUAUGGAUUGGAGCAUGCAUUGGCCUUGGAUAUUCUCAUUAGAAAUCCAUGUGUCAAAGAGGAGGACAUGUUGGAGCUGUUGAAAUUCGAUCGGAAACAGCUGCGAUCAGUUUUGAAUACACUGAAAAAUGACAAAUUCAUCAAAAGCAGAAUGCGUGUUGAAACUGCUCCAGACGGUAAAACAACAAGGCACAAUUAUUACUUCAUAAACUAUCGCCUGUUAGUGAAUGUGGUGAAGUACAAACUGGAUCAUAUGAGACGAAGAAUUGAAACAGAUGAACGAGAUUCCACAAAUAGAGCCUCCUUCAGAUGUCCAACUUGUUCCAACACCUUCACAGAUCUGGAAGCGAACCAGCUGUUUGACCUAAUGACAGGAACAUUCCGGUGUACCUUCUGUCAUACUGAGGUAGAAGAGGAUGAAUCUGCAUUACCAAAGAAAGACGCAAGAACACUUUUGGCAAGAUUCAAUGAGCAGAUUGAACCGAUCUAUGCCCUAUUGAGAGAAACUGAAGAUAUUAAUCUGGCCUAUGAAAUCCUCGAGCCAGAGCCCACAGAAAUUCCAUCACUUAAAUCAAGUCAACGGGCAGCUGGCAGUGGAAAUAUGUCAGGCCCCCAAAGAGAAUCAUGGGCAAACAAAGGGCCUACUUACCAAGACCUCUACACUCAGAAUGUUAUCAUCAAUGUGGAGGAGCAUGAUGUUCAGAACAAAAUGGCGCCUGAUGAGAAGCCAACUAAGGAGAGGCCAAUCUGGAUGAGGGAGAGCACUGUCCGGGGAGGCUUUGCAGAAGUGGAAGAAGUCCAGGAUGAUGCUACAGAUGUUGACCCAUACCAAGAUCAUGAGGGGAAAGGCAACCCAAUUGAAGCAAAUGAGGAAGUCAUGCAAACAUUGCUCAUCCACGAAAAGAAGAGCACAUCUGCAGCUGUGGCUGCAGCUGCUGCAAUCCCAACAUCAAACGCCAGCGACUCUGAGAGUGACACCAGUGAAUCAGAGGAUGAGUCGCCUCGACCAUUCUCAUUCCCAGAGAUAGCACCAGCAGCAGAUGAAGAUGAUGAGUUUGAAGAGGUGGAGGAUGAGCCAACUGUAUUGGUAGCAGGCCAGCCAUAUUCAUAUAGCCAAGUUAGUCAGCGGCCGGAGCUGGUGACACAAAUGACUGCAGAAGAGAAGGAAGCAUAUAUUGAUAUGGGGCAGAGAAUGUUCCAGGAUAUGUAUGACUGAUCUGCCACAUCACAGGAUACUUUUAAAGUCCUUGCUGUAUAUCCUGCAAUUUUAUUACUCAGUGUUUCCACAAUUUCAGUUGUAUAUGCCAAGGUAUUAAGACAGCAUUCCAUUCUCAACAAAAAUACAAGAUGAAUUUGAACGAUAUUUCAAUCAAAGUAUUAGUUUUUAAAAGGUUUAAAAUGAUUAAGUGCCCAAUAUCUAAACUUGUUAGGCAUCUUACAGGAAUUUUCAUGUAUAUUCUUCCCUUGGAAUUCUACUUAUCCUCGUAGAUAAUGAGAAUUCUAUAACUAACAAUAAUAAUAAUAAUCCUUGC